ACCCGCAGGGGUAGGGAGGAAGCUUGGGAGCCCGCAUCCUAUAUAUGGUCCUGUCCACUGUCCACUCUGGCUUGGGGAUAGAGAGAGAUCCACAUAGCCUGGAGGGUCUGUGUGCAGGAGACGCUGCCGGAGCAGGCGCCAUGUUGCUGCUCUCCCUGGCCCUCACCCUGAUCUCAGCGGCAGCCUCUGACUUCGUGCGCGACACAAAGGAUGUUUGCAUUGGAAGCCCUGGCAUCCCGGGAACUCCCGGAACCCAUGGCCUGCCCGGCAGAGAUGGGAGAGAUGGUGUCAAAGGAGACCCUGGGCCCCCAGGCCCCAUGGGCCCCCCUGGAGGAAUGCCGGGUCUCCCUGGGCGUGACGGACUGCCUGGAGCCCCGGGUGUUCCUGGGGAGCGUGGAGACAAGGGUGAGCCUGGGGAGAGGGGUCCUCCAGGGUUUCCAGCUUACCUAGACGAGGAGCUCCAAGCCACACUCCAUGAACUAAGACACCACACCCUGCAGUCAAUAGGAGUCCUCAGCUUGCAGGGGUCCAUGAAGGCAGUGGGAGAGAAGAUCUUCUCCACCAAUGGGCAGUCGGUCAAUUUUGAUGCCAUCAGAGAGAUAUGCGCCAGAGCAGGUGGCCGCAUUGCCGUCCCGAGGAGUACAGAGGAGAAUGAGGCCAUUGCAAGCAUCGUGAAGGAGCGUAACACCUAUGCCUACCUGGGCCUGGCCGAGGGCCCCACUGCUGGAGACUUCUACUACCUGGAUGGGCACCCUGUGAACUACACCAACUGGUACCCAGGGGAGCCCAGAGGUCAAGGCAGAGAGAAAUGCGUGGAGAUGUACACAGAUGGGAAGUGGAAUGACAAGAACUGCCUGCAGUACCGGCUGGUCAUCUGUGAGUUCUGAGCCAGCACUUGGGCCACAAGAUAGACAGAAUCCUGUCUUGCUUUUCCACCUCCCUCCCAAGGGGCCCCUUGGUCUACAAGAUGCUGUAACUCCUUAUAAACGAAGUCUAUUUGUGGUUCUUAGACUUGGAAGCAUCCUUAACCACUUGGAGCCCCGGAUGAGCUCUGGCUGCUCCCCCACAAUCACCAAUCAGCCUUAACACUCCCUUGAGCCCAGUCUUAGCACUGAACUUGAGGCAGUCACUAACCUUGGCCUUGGCUUGAGACAGAGUCCUCACCUUGUCCAGUUCCUUCACCUACACAUGGCAGCAGUGAGGUCCCGGAUGGAGGGCCCUGGAAAGCCACACAGAGACUGCCUGCCUCCAUCCCCUCUACUCCUCCUCGGUGGCACACCCUCUGCCCAGGCUCUUCCCCAGCAAAGUGGUGGCCAGCUCACCCCUAGUGAUUGGCAGGUGCAACCCAGUCCCCUGAGUCUUUGGAUUGGAUCUUGUAUUGGAUCUCACUCCCUGGACCUAAAAGCAGCCAGCCAAGGCCUCUGGGGCAAGAACGUGUCCGCUCACCUUCAUAUAACCUGGGCGACUUCCUGCUUACGAACAUAACCCCCGACCCUCUCCAGACCUUGGUGAGGUAGUCACGGCCCUCACCACGCCACCGGCUCUGCGUCCUCUGUUCAUAAAUUCAUUCAGCCCGAUGUUUCACUACAAUAUCAUAAUGAGUGUCAGGCCGAGUCUUGGGGUGGAUAAGGCACCUGCAGGUAGUUGUUUGCCCUGAACCUGUUUGUUCGUCUACCAAACGGGGAUAAAAUACUCUUUGCUCUUGUAGUGAUCACUGUCCCCCCACUGCCAUAAAUACUGCUACCGAAAGAGGCCGUUCACUGCACUCACUAAGCCACCUUCACAGGCAUCGUAUCAAAUAUUAUGAAAUCUUUUCACAAUGCCACAGGGCCAGUGCUAUUUUCCCCACUUAAAAAAUCUGAUGAUGCUGGAGCUUCAAGGAGUUAAAGGUUCUGAAUGUUGUUAUGGAGAGCAGGUGGUAGAGCAUCAGUUCAAGACUCCCUACCCUGACCUGGAGCUCAUGCUCCUAACCACCCCAUCCUCGGGCUGGACAGAGAUGACUCAAGGGUAAUAAAUCGUGAAUGUGUUCCAAGAAGCACCACGUGCCUGUAUUUCUAUAGCUCAGACUCACGACGGCUCCGAGCCGCUGCUAGCCUGAGGAAUGGGGAAAGUCGACCUCAGUGUGUGCUCGCUUUGUCCAGAGGGAAGGGUGUCCCGUUCUCCUCCCUCGGGUGCAUAUAGCGAUGGGAGCUACACAGACACUUG